AUGGGAGAGCUGCUGUACAGGACUCUGCUGCUGGGGUGCAUCUGGAACUGCUGUUAUGGCGUCGGGCUCCAGCUUAAAGGAGAUUUUACCAUCUACGGCAUGUUCCCUCUCCAUAACACUGGACAAACCAUCUCAGCUGCUCCCUGUAUGGCUGACUGUAAACAAGGUUCAGACAACAAGCAUGGCUUCCACUUGGUGCAGGCUCUGCGCUAUGCUGUAGAGGAGAUCAACAACAGCACUGGGAAAGAGCAGCUCCUGCCAGGCAUCACUCUAGGCUACCAGACAUAUGAUACUUGUUCUCUUCGUGCCAGUGUUCUGGCCACAGUGGACCUGCUGUCCCAGCAGUAUAACCGUGUAGAUGUGGAGCCCCGGGCAUUGGCCGUCAUUGGGCCUGACAGCAGUGACUAUGCCUUCACUCCAGCAGCUGCACUGGGCUCCUUCCUUCUACCUCAGAUCUCUUACGAAGCUUCCAAUGAAAUGCUGAGCAACAAAAUGUUAUACCCAGCUUUCUUCCGCACCAUCCCCAGUGAUAAGAACCAGGUUGACGCCAUGAUCCAGAUCCUGCUAAGAUUUAACUGGACCUGGGUAGCUCUUCUUGGCAGCGACAAUUCAUACGGCCAGCAAGGAGUUUUGAGCCUGUCGCAGCAAGCAUCAGAUUAUGAUAUAUGCAUCGCGUACCAAGCUUUGAUACCGAGCCUUAACAGUGGCACACAGCAGCGAAUGAGAGACAUGGUCAGAAAUAUCAUCAAAACCAAAGUCAACACCAUAGUGGUGUUCUCCAGUAAGAGGAUAGCCAAAGGCUUCUUCCCUUUUGUGAUAGAGCAGAAUGUAACUGAUAAGGUGUGGAUUGGGACGGAGGACUGGUCCAUGGCCACCCUGGUGUCUGGAAUUCCAGGAAUCAGCACUAUUGGGAAUGUCCUGGGUGUGUCUGUCAAAUACACACCCUUUUCUGGGUUCCGAGAUUUUGAGAACCAAGCCGUGUCUAAGCUUAGAGAUAUGAGCGCUUUGAACAGUUCCAGUGACAUGGUGGUCCCAUGCCUGCAAAAUACAGACCUGUACACAAUGGCAACUAAAAGCUACUCUCUGGAGAAUUAUGACAUCGCCUCUUCUUUUAAUGUGUAUAAGGCGGUAUACGCAGUGGCACAUGCACUGCGGCCAGUCCUCAAGUGUGACUCAGGACAAUGUGAGAAAACUGAAGUACAGACAGGGCAGCUCCUUCAGAGUUUAAGGCGAGUACGGUUUCCUGUCAGAAACACUGCAGUAUAUUUUGAUAAGUAUGGAGACCCACCCACAGGAUAUGACAUAGUAACAUGGACAUGGAAGGGGAAAGCAUGGUCAUUCAGAGUGGUGGGUGCCUACAGUCCAGACCCCCCUUAUCUUCAAGUGGACCUUUCUCAGAUUCAGUGGACGGGAGAUGUUUCAGAUGUAACCAAUGUGCCUGAGUCACGGUGUUCUCCAGAAUGCCCCUACGGUCAUAGGCAACUCCAGGUCGGACAGCAUAAGUGCUGUUUUGAAUGCAUGGCAUGCCCUGCUUCCACUUUCCUCAACAAGACAGGAUCUACCAGCUGCCAGUCCUGUGCGCAGGGUCAGUGGUCUCCAGCUGAGAGUGAGGCGUGUCUGAACAGAACGGUGCUUUACCUGCCGUGGGAUGCUCUCUUGUCUCUUGCUCUGCUGGUUCUACUGGCAUUGACACUGUUGCUCACUCUGGGCACUGCUGUCCUCUUCUUGUGCAACUUGACCACCCCAGUGGUGAAGUCUGCCGGGGGCAGGACCUGUCUGCUCAUGCUGCUGUCCCUGACCGCAGCAUCCUGCUGCACACUGUGUCACUUCGGCACACCCUCCCAGCCAGCCUGUCUGCUCAAACAGUCCCUCUUCCUCUUCAGCUUCACCGUCUGCCUGGCCUGUGUGACCGUCCGCUCCUUCCAGGUGGUGUGCAUAUUCAAGUGGUCCUCUAAGCUUCCCCGGUUUUAUGAGACCUGGGCCAAAAACCAAGGCCCUGAGAUGUUCAUCCUGGUCACUUCUGUGGUAGAGUUCCUCAUCGCUGUUCUCCAUGUGGCUCUAUACACACCUUUCCCCUCAGAGAACUAUGACUUGUACUGUGACAGCAUUGUUCUAGAGUGCAGUAACACUCUGUCUCCUGGAGCGUUUGUAGAGAUUCUGUAUGUGUCCCUACUUAGCAUUCUUUGCUUCUGCCUUAGCUACAUGGGUAAAGACCUCCCAGCUAAUUACAAUGAGGCCAAGUGCAUUACAUUCAGCCUCAUGAUCUGCAUCAUCUCCUGGAUCAGUUUCUUCACAGUCUACAGCGUGAACAGAGGGACUGUAACUAUGGCCUUGGAGGUGGCUGCCGUACUUUGUAGUGUCCUUGGGAUACUUGGUGGAUAUUUUUUACCCAAAGUGUACAUCAUGUUGGUAAAACCUCAAAUGAAUACCACUGCCCACUUCCAAAACUGCAUUCAAAUGUAUACCAUGACCAAACAGUGA